AUGAAACUCGGCGAAGUUCUGGUCCAGUAUGAAACUCGGCGAAGUUCUGGUCCAGUCAUGAAACUCGGUGAAGUUCUGGUCCAGUCAUCCUGGCCUCCUCUUAUGGUUCCAGUGACGGAGUUCUCCAAGAAGACCGGGGACUACCCGAGCCUGUCGGCCACCGACAUCAAGGUUCUGGCUCUGACCUACCAGCUGGAGCUGGAGCACGUUGGACCGGAUCACCUGAAGACAGAACCGGAGCUUAAGGUGAAUGUUCAGAGCACACGGCGCCACCCAGAGGCUCCAGUCAACAUCGCAGGAUUCCAUUUUCCCUCCAAGAGGUCCGCAGACGGUCCGGCUGUCGGACACGUUCGGAACGAAGCGGAGUCCCCAGACCAGUCGGACCAGUUCAACAGCUUCCAGUUCUGGAGGGACCCCCUGCCGAGCAUCCAGGGAGACCUGCUGGAGCUACUGGGUCCAACUGAGUCUCUGGAGGCUGACGUCCAACAGAUGGUCCCAGACGGACACUUCAACAGCUUCCAGUUCUGGAGGGACCCGCUGCCCUGCAUCGACGACGACCUGUUGGCCCUCCUGGUGAGGUCAUCAAUCAUCCUUUUACCAACCGGUUCCGUCUGCAGUUUUAGCCCUAAAACCGGAUCAGAACCAGGAGGACCGCGUCUAACCGGGUUCUGCUUCCUGUCUGUGUUGCAGCACUCCCUGCCGCUGCCGCAGGGCGGGAAGCACGCCAACAACCCCCACCUGGUGGAGGACCAGCGCUUCCCCCAGCAGCGGCUCUCCAGGAAGGCCCGGCAGAAGACCGACGUGUUCGACCCGGACUACCUGGCCGGAACGGCGCCGUUCUGCCAGAACGACAUCUACAGCCGAGCCGCCAACCUGCAGAUCCGAGACGGGCAGAGCGGCGCCGGCAGGAGGCGGGCCAACCCCAACGCCGCCCGCAAGAAGUUCGUCAAGAAGAAGUGAUGAUGUCAUUGCCCACGGUCCCCGCUCUCUGACCAGCUCCCC